AUGUUUUCCGUGACAGCGGGUAUAUUUGCGUUAAGUAACGUACUCAUGUGGUGGGCAUAUACGAAGUCAUUAUCGCUAGCUGAGUCUUCAAUACAAUGUUUGGCAAUAAAUAUGGGAACGAAUUUCGCUUUAACCGGCGUCCUCGGCUACUUGUUCUUCUCGGAAACCCAUUCUAUACUGUGGUGCGUUGGCCUCGGUUUGGUCUUCACGGGUAUCUGCUUGCUGGCUACGGAUGACAAGGAGAAAACCGAAUAG